AUUUAUGUUUAUAAUUUCCUUGAUAAGGUGCCAUUGACCUACUGGCUUGUGAGCAAAAAAAAUCAUAACCAAAUCGGAGGAAUCUUGUUAAAAAAGAAAUUUAAUUUUGAUGUAUGAAUUAUGAUAGUAACCAGUGGAAGGACGGGGUAGUUAUAGUGAUGCAGCGGCCACUACUUGUUUUUCACUUCAUAUUGAUUUUCGUCCUAAAUUUGAAAACACUGAAACAACCAAAUGGUUGAUAUGAGGCUAGUUCCUGCAAAAAAACACCUAAGCUAACAGCAGAUAAAAUAUAUCAUUUUCUCUAAAACAAUAAUCUCUCUAUCAUCUUUUGUUUUUAGUUGAAAGUAAGUCAAGAGACUUCAUAUAGUGUGAUGCCCUUUACUUCGUUUUUAUUGUUUUUCAGUGCCUGGCUAUACAUCAGAAAUAGUGAGUGGAUUCGGGAUUGAAUUUCCAGUUCCAGAUUAAUUAACAGCAAGGAAGACCAGGAAAGAGGUGGUAGAAAACAAAGUUUUGAAGCUUUCAGUCAGACGCUUUAGCUUCAGAAUCAUAGUCCUCAACUCAACUAAGCUAUGUUCAUCAGUUGAUGAAGAAUUUUGUUUGCACAGAUUCCAGGAGAUCAUUUAAUCUCAGAUUCUGAAUUGUUGGUUUCUCCAUUUGAGUGCCAGAUAAUCAUUAGCUGGAAAUAUGUUUUUUGUGACUUAAUUUCUAUCUUUGUAACUAUAUGUGUACUACACUCUUGUUUAAGAGUCGAGGGCAGCUAAAAAGAGCCAGGUUUCAUUGUCAUGGAUAAUAGCAAGACCUCAUCCUCUUCAGUAAAUGGUCCUCAAGAACCUUCUAAUCAUGAUGAACUUUUCAUGCAGCAGAGCUUGCUCUUUUCUGAUACUCUCAAGGACUUGAAGAACCUUAGGAAGCAGUUAUACUCAGCAGCCGAUUAUUUUGAAUUAGCUUACUACAAAGAGGACCAAAAACAAAUAGUGGUUGAGAUCUUGAAAGAUUAUGCCAUCAAAGCUUUGGUCAGUACUGUUGACCACUUGGGUUCUGUAGCAUACAAAGUCAACAAAUUUUUAGAUCAAGAGAUUGGUGAAGUUUCAGAAAUGGAGCUUCGUUUCUUUUGCACCGAACAGAGACUGGAAGCAUGCCAAGAAUAUAUCAACCAAGGUGGCCUUUCACAACAGUCAUUGGCAAUAAAAACUCCAAAGCACCAAAAGCGGUACAUUUUUCCAGUUGAUGAGGAGAACAUGGAUGCACAUAGCCAUACUAAAUCAAAGUAUCACAGUAGAAGCUUUAGUACUGAACACAACUUGCUUGAUUUAAAAAAUGCUGUUCAAGCAACAAUCAAAGGAGCUCCUUCUUCCUUGAGAGAAAGGCAUUCUAAAUCACAGUCUCCACAAUUCUACUCAAGACAAGGAGCAUUUACGAUCACAAGGACUUCAACCAACAACAAACCUGAAAGAAGAUCAUCCUCUCCGCAACACUUUCCGCUCAUACGUUCUGGAUCUCUUCUCAAGGGACCAGUAUCUUCAAAUUAUACUAAUGCACGACGAAGGUAUCCAUCUGAGCCUCGGAGAUCAGUUUCGUUGUCCAUGUAUUCGGAAAGAGACAGGACAAAAGAUAGCGAUCAGCAAUAUUCUGGCAAGAGCAAACGCCUGUUUAAGGCCUUGCUCCGCAUGCGCAAGUCUAGAAAGGAAGGCUCCCUGUAUAAAUAUUUGGAUGAGAUUUGAAACAGCAAAACAAAUGGAGAUCAUGCAUGAUAGGAAACAACAGACAGACUAUCUGUACUCUCUGGUUGAUAAUUUGUACUCUCUCAGUUUUAAGAUUCAGUUUCUUAAUGUAGGAGAUUUCAAUA